GGUAAACACAUCCAAAAAAUACGCAAUUUAAAACACAAUGAAUAAUUCUUAAAUUGAAAUCGUAGACUAGUAUGCGAGAUAUUAACGAAUACGAACGUUUAAUGUAAUUUAAAAUAGGUUAGGCAUUACAUUUUCUAAAAAUGGCGUUGAGCUUACAACCUAAAAAAUUGUUGCGUUAUACCCUUAUGAAAACUCGAAGUUAUUGUGAUAAUAAAUCAGUUUAUCAACGAAAUGAAGAGGGGAUACAACCUCGUACUGUACACGGAAAUCCUUACCCGGAAUGGCGAAAGCCCUGGAUCCAACGAGACGGCGAAUGGACUACCAAGUUAUCGCUCUUCGUAGAAAAAAAUCCAAGCAUGAACAUAUUGCACGCCAUGAGUAACGUACCUAAUUUAACUAUAGACAAGGUAAAAACUUGGUGGGGCGAAAUGAAGGAAAUUCAAGAGAUUCAAAAUCAAAAAUAUUUGCCCGAAAGAAUAGCUUCCUUGGGCGCAAAUUUAGCUGCAAUUCACUUUUUUACGCAUCGUAACUCAGCUGUUAGAUUAAAAGGCUCAACACCAUGGAUUGUUGGGGAUAUAACAACAUUAAAUCUACCCAACCGUUAUGUUGAUGGUUAUUUUGUUGAAGCAGUUGACUGUACAAAUUUCCAUCACAAUGGUAUCAGAUAUGAAGGAUUGAAAAAUUUAUCUGGUCUUAAUUAUUUGAAAUGGUUAUCACUUUGUAAUAAUAAACACAUAGAUGUAUGGUGCCUUGAUAGAAUUGCUGGUCAAAAUGGAAAAACUUUAGAAUUCCUUAAUAUAACUGGUCAUAAGCUAACCUUGGGUUCAGUUAUUGCUAUAUCCAGAAUGUCAGCUCUUAAAUUUCUUACCAUAUCUGAUCCGGGUGAGAAUGUUGAAGUUCAAACAGCUUUGUCUAUACUAGAAGAAGAGAAACCAGGAUUAAUAAUAAAAAUAGCUGAAUGAUGAUGGUAAGCUUGUCAUUAACUUUGUAUAGAUUAAAGGUUAAUUUAUGAUAUUU